AUGCUUCUUGUAGGCAAGAGGACAAAAGCCACAAGUGACGAUGCUAAAGCAGAAAGCUGGAAGGAACGUCGUUCUUUGCAAAGUCCUGGAGUCGAUGAAAACCCAGCGCUUAGCAUUUGGCUGAUUUUCGAGCGCAUAGAGGCAGCGCUUCGGGCAGCCUUGGGUCUGCACACGCCCAUUCAGACGGAGCGAAUUCAGCGGCCAGCCGGGGUCACCCACUGCGGGCAGGGGGCGGGGGCGGGGCCGGCCCCACCCGGGAGAGGCCAGGGGGCCGCGAGGCCGCGGGGAAGCCGGCUUAGCCCCGCGCCCUUAGUGGCCUCCAUCAGCCACCAAAUGGUGGCUCUGCAGAUUCCGCAGCUGCUGCAGCAGGAGUGGGGCUGAGGGGACGGUCCGAGCGACCCCGGGAGCCCGCGCGAUCCAGACCACGUGUCCACCGCCCCAGCGCGUCGCAUAGGCAGGCCCUCGGCCGGAAUGGGGGGUUCUGGGGCGCGGGUCAGCUCCCCAGAAGCGGAAGCGGUGCGAGGCGCCGAGGGGGGCGCGGACUGCACCCUGGCCCAGAUGGGCAUGCGCAGCGCGCUGGCCCGCGUGGUGGCCUCGACCUCGGAGCUGGUCAGCGUGAAGCAGACGCUGCUGGGCCCCCUUCUGCAGGAGAGGUCCUUCCCCAACCAUCCGAAGGAUAGUGUUGAGUUUAGACACAUCUGCAGUCAUUUGGCUCUACAAAUUCAAGGACAACAGUUUGACAGAGAUCUGGGUACUGCCCACCAGUGUUUGAAGACAAUAGUCAUGAAGCUGAUUCAGUCACUUGCUAAUCUUCCUUCAGAUGUCCACAUGGUAGCCUGUGCUUCUUUGAGACAGAUCUUACAGAAUCUCCCAGACGCAUGGAUGCUCAAGACACCAGAAUUAGAACCACAGCCAGUACUGCUAAGAAGACUGGGUACCUGACAUUCCUAAUUGA